GCGACGUCGGAGAGUACUUCUUGCACACGAAAUGAGCUGUCUGAAAUGUUACGAAUCUGAUCGGGUUAGCGGUUUUGUCUACGAUGAGCGCUGGAGUUUUUGGGAGUUUUCAAUGGGUAUACAGGCGAUGCCUUGCGGAAGGCCCUGGGUGGAUGACUAGCAAUUGUUGUUUUUUAUUCUUGGCUUUUUAUGUAUUAAUAGAUGUUGAGAGGGUCGCGUUCGGCCGGCCUUCUAUUGCUUUACGACAUCUGGUUUGCUCGCCGGCUACAUUUGUUGCUCUGAUCUGAGCAUUUGAUGUAUUACUAAAGAACGAAGCUUUGAAAACCACCCCAAAAAAAAAAAAAAAAAGCGGAAAAUUUGCUCGAAACUGUUGCUUCUUCC